AUGGCCGCUUUCCUUGUGCUCGGUAUCGGUUUGGGCUGGACCCUGGCCCGGGAAGAGCGCUGCAUCUCUUCCCAGUUUAGAAAACCCGGAGACUAUCUGCUGGGUGGAUUGUUCCCUUUACGAGUCCUCACCACCAGUGCAAUGGACCGGACGUUGCCGGAUGUUUACAUGUGCGAGAGGCUUUAUGCCACAGGUCUCGUCUGGGCUCUGGGGAUGAAGUUUGCCGUGGAGGAAAUCAACAACUCCACAACGCUGCUGCCAGGGAUCAAGCUGGGCUACAACAUCUACGACGACUGCUCGGAGCCGAUCGUCGCCCUCCAGCCCAGCCUCCUGUUCCUCACCAGGACAGGCAGCAACAGAAUCGGAGUCCUCUGCAACUACACCGACUACCAGCCCCGGGUGCUGGCGGUCAUAGGGCCGCACAGCUCUCAGCUCUGCACCGUUACUGCUAAGCUCUUUAGCUUCUUCCUGAUCCCGCAGAUCAGCUAUGGUGCCACGUCACAGAAGCUGAACAGCGAGGAGAUGUACCCCUCUUUCUUCCGCACUGUGCCCAGCGACAAGAUCCAACUGGACGCCAUGGUGGAACUCCUGACCUCUUUCAAGUGGAACUGGAUCGCAGUCAUAGGCAGCGAUGACGAAUACGGCCGAGAAGGCCUCAGCCUCCUGUCUUCCAUGGCGGUCAGCAAAAGCAUCUGCGUCGCCUACGAGGGGCUGAUCCCGGCAGACGUACUGAGCCCUGAUUUUGACAAGACGUUGGUGUCGACCAUUGAGUCGGUCAACAAAACCAACGUCAACGUCAUCGUCCUUUUCUCCAACGACCGAACCGUCCGGGCUCUCUUCAAAGAGUGUCUCCGGCUAGGACUGGGCAAGAAGGUAUGGCUGGCCACCGAAGCGUGGGUGAUGUCUGACGUGGUCACCUCCCUCGGGCGAGUGGACUCUAUUGGGACAGUCAUUGGUUUCAUCAUCAAGGCCGGAAACGUCUCCAGCUUUCACGAGUACGCCAUCAGACUCUUUGAGCUGAGCCAACAGAAGAGUUUCUGCGAGGCUUCCCAGAAGGAAGCCAAUGAGGUGGGCUCGGACGUCCUGGGGUCGCAGUGCCCGCAAUGUGACCAGGCUUCCCUAGAGACCAUCAAAGGGGUGCUGGAGCAUCGGCAGACUUUUGCUGUGUACACGGCUGUCUACAGCGUGGCCCAUGCGCUCCACAACGCGCUGGGUUGUGAAAGCGGGCGGUGUAACAAGAGCAGUGUCAAACCUUGGCAGCUGCUGGAAGAAAUGAAGACCCUCAAUUUCAGCACCAGAAACCAGUCGUUCCAGUUUGACCGAUACCGCAGCAUCAACAAGGGCUACGAGGUCAUUGGGUGGAGCUGGAAGGACGGCCAGAUCAAGUACACCACCCUUGGAGAAUUCAAUGGGAAACUGAACAUCAACAAAUCCCUGCUUCUUUUUCAUACCGAAAAUCAACAGAAGCCUACGUCCCAGUGCCUUACCACGUGCCAACCUGGGCAGAUCCGCCGGAUGAAAGGUUUUCACCUGUGCUGUUACGACUGCAUUGACUGCGAGAAGGGGACAUUCUGCAGCAGUAGAGAGGACUCGGCCUGCACUCCCUGCCCUGAGCACCAGUGGUCUCCCAAGCGCAGCACGCGGUGUUAUGACCGCAGUGAGAAGUACCUCUUCUGGUUAGAACCCCUGUCCUUGAUCUUGCUGGGCCUGUUGUUCUUAGCUUUGGCUCUCACCUGCCUGACGGGGGCGCUGUUCCUGAAGAACCUCCAUACCCCCGUGGUGCAAGCCGCCGGGGGCGCCAUGAGCCUCUUGGCCCUCUCCUCCCUUGCCAUGAUGUGCGUCAGCACCAGCCUUCACAUCGGGAAGCCCAGCCCCACCAUCUGCAAGCUCAGCCAGCCUUUCUUCGCCCUCUGCCUCAAUGUCUGCUUCUCCACCAUAUUGGUGAAAGCAUUCCAGAUUGUCCUGGUGCAUGACUUCGCCAACAGCCGGCGCACCUUCCUGCACACCCUCAUCCAGAAGCAGCCCUGGUCCAUCGUGGCCUCCUGCCUCCUAGCGGAAAGUCUCUUCUGCUAUUGGUUUGUCUACGACGUCCCACCGGUCGUGGUCCGCAACUACGCUCUUUUGCCGACCCAAGUUCUCAUCCAGUGCAAGAUUGAAUCUUGGCCCGCCUUUGCCCUGAUCCAUGGGUACAAUGGCAUCCUGGCGUUUACCUCUUUCCUCUGCACCUUCAUGGUGCAGAUGCCAGCCAAGAAGUACAACGUUGCACGGGGCAUCACCUUCACCAUGAUUGCAUACUUCAUCGCCUUGGUCUUCUUCAUCCCCACCUACACCUCCGUGAAGCAAGAGUACCAGCCUGCCGUGCAAAUGGCCGCCAUUUUGCUGUGCACUUUGGGACUGUUGGCGUGCCUCUACCUGCCCAAGUGCUACAUCAUCUGGUUCAAGCCGGACCGGAACACAACAGAGUAUUUCCAAGACUACACUCAAGAGAGGCUGGAGGAGAAAGAUUGUCAGGAUUAG